UCCUAAAAAGCACUUUGCUAAGAUUUGGUUUGAGCAAAAUGCUAAAGUGUAGAGGCAUGUCCUUUGGAUUAUUAUACAGACUGCUAUAUACUUUGGCCAGGCUAUACAAGCUUUGUCACUUACUAAAAUUCUCAUUCUCUACAGAUGAAGGAAGCCUGUAUAGUGACUCAGAAGAUUAUGAGAGUGACUGGGAUUCAGAUGAGUCUUCAGACAUGGAGGAUUCUGAGCAUACUUUGAGCACAACAAUCAAGACAAAUAUUCAGAUGGACAAGGAUGGUCUAGGUUUCAUACUUAUUCAGAAUGGUCCUUAUCUCCAGAUUUCUGGUCUGGUAGAGAAAGGUGCUGCUGCCAGAGAUGGCAAACUUCAAGGAGGUGAUAUCCUACUCAAAAUUGGACAUGCUAACGUCUUAGGGUGGACCCUGCGAGAACUAAGGCAGCUUCUGCACACUGUUCCCAUAGGGACAGUUCUGCAAAUCCAGGUUUAUAGGGAUUUUAUUAAAAUUCCAGGGCGAUGGGAAGCUGCUCUCAAGAACAUUCCUGAAUUAAAAGGACCUGCAAUAGACUGGCAUCUUUUCCCCUUGUCUUUCAAGGACAUUCGCACAUACCAUUAUGGUGGGCAGUUUAGCACAGCAAGUUACACCAGUGAAGAAAAUUGGACAAGCAGUGAAGACUCGGAUAACGAGAGCGAAGGUAAGAUUGAAAACACUGGAGACACUGGAGACACUGGAGAUACUGAUGGCACAGAUGGCACAGAAGACAGCGAAGGCACCACAGGUACAGAAGGUACCCGAGGCACUGGUGGCAGCACUGAGGAGAGCUACCAGGAAGACGUUCGUGUUAGAGCUCUCUCUGUGGGCGGCGUCCUGAAUGUGAAGGCUGUGCACUCCCUUUCCUUUGACCCUUCCAUCCAGCCCAAGUGGAUCUCUAAGGACUGGCACAUUUUUGAAAGGAAAACCUACACGUUUACUGUGGGCUCUGACAUUGGUUGCGACAUUAUGAUCCACAAAGACUUUGAAGCUGAAAGCGAUGCGGACGUUUCAACUUUACGUUUAUCCUCCUCCUCUCCUUACUGGACCAUGCCCAAACAUAAAGUCGUGCCCUCGGCAUCGUCUUCUUCCUCCGUGUCGGAUGCAUUUUGGCUCGAGAGCGUUUCUUACGAGUUCGAGUAGAGAGGCCACCGAGUCCACCUUUGCCCUGGCUAAGGCCGGGGGCUCCGGAUUGGACCCACUGGCUGGAUUUUCAUUUGCGCUCCUUAUCCUUGUACUGAAAAUUUGCUUUCAUCUGCUUGGCGGAACGAAAAUCUGGUUUUUGAAACAAGGAACGCUCUCUGUGGGGGAACCGCCUUAGAAGGGAAGAAGAAAACUACAAUCAAUUUCCUUACAGACCGAUUCUAGAAGCCAGCCU